CCGGCGAGCGAGCGAGCGCCAAUGAUGCCUUUCUUCUUCAGCCAGCCUUCUCCCUCCCCCGCACUAACAUUACGAGGUGUGCCAUGGUUUCGGGUCGGACGCUAGCAACGUCGAGUGGGUUCCUGCACGUGGCACUUGCAAACCGCACACUGGGUUUCGUUUAGUGAUCCCCUCUUUUUGCAACUUCCUUCUCUCUCUUCUUCAACAAUCACCUCGUCAAUGGACGCGCGAGAGACGGCGAGUCUGCACAUUGAUUCGGAUCGUGAUUCUCAAGAAGGCACGACUUACUCCCUGAACUCGGCGGCGACGCGAUAUCGGUACGAGAAUGGCCGGACCUACUCCGCAUAUCGCGAGUUUCAAUACUGGGGCCCGAACGAUCUUCGAAUGCUGAAUCAUGAAAACAUUGUGCACCACUUAUGUCUUUUGACCAUGGAGGACCGUCUGUUUCUUGCGCCUGUUGAGAACCCGCAACGUGUCCUCGAUAUUGGAACGGGAAGAGGGCUGUGGGCCGUCAGAGACAUGGCCGACAAAUUCCCCAACGCGCAAAUCACCGGCGUCGACAUCUCCCCGCAGCCCGAGCGCUCCCAACCCCUCAACGUAGAAUUCAUCCAAGACGACGUGCUCAGCCCGUGGGUAGGGUACGGCGACGGCGAGGAAUCCUACGACCUCAUCCACAUCCGCGGCCUCUUCGGCAGCGUGGCCGACUGGCCGGCUCUCUACGCCGAAAUCUUCCGCCACCUGAAGCCCGGCGGGUACAUUGAGCAGAUGGAGUUCAGCGUGCACAACCGCUCCGACGACGGCACGCUGGCGCCCGACGCGGUGCUGGCCAAGUGGUCUGCGUACGCGAAAGAGGCGGGCGAGCGCAAUGGGACGACGGCGGAGAUUGCGGAGCAGAUGUUUGAGUUGAUUCGCGAGGCGGGGUUUGAGGAUGUCACGUUGAAGCGGUACAAGUGGCCGAUUGGGACGUGGAGUCGGGAUGCGCUGCAUAAGAAGAUUGGGUAUUGGAAUGUGGUGAAUUGGGAGCAGGGGGUGGAGGGGUGGGCGAUGCAUCUCUUUACGAAUGUGUUGGGGUGGACGAAAGAACGAGUGGAUGAGUGGGUGAAGACGGUGCAUGAGGCGCUGAAGGAUCGCAAGCAGCAUGUCUAUCAUUACGCGCCCCUUGUUUACGCGCGCAAACCUGAGAGGAGUGUUUGAGGUCAUGUGAUGGCGCACGGUGGGCAGGCGAGGAUUCGGGUGACGGUGAUGAGGGGACUGACAUGG